AUGAACGAGAGCCUAAUUCUCCGACGAGACCAAGAAGACGACGACGACGACGAAGAACGACGUCGUCCAAGGCACGAAGAAGCCCUAGAAAUCAAAUCUCUCCGGCGCAUCAUCAGCGCCUACCUCAACUAUCCGGAGGCUGCAGAAGAGGAUGUGAGAAGAUAUGAAAGAUCUUUUAAAAUGCUUCCACCUCCCCAUAAGGCUCUACUGUCUCACUACCAUUCUAAGUUCGAAAAACUAAGACGGUGUAUUUCUGCCAAUUCAUAUUUCAUUUUCGAUAUGCUUCAGGCAUUUCAACCCCCACUUGAUUUGAGCCAGGAUGUAGAUGAUUAUGAUGGCCUACCUGAAAACAUCUCAACUAAUCAUGAUGUUUCUAGAGUUUCAAAAUCUUCUCAAUUAACCUCCACGAAUACUCAUGUCUCCAAAUCUGUUCAAGCGGCUGAAGCCUAUGUGGUGGAAAGGAGCAACACAGUAUGCAAUUGCAAUUUACCUAUAGGGGAGGAUAAGCAUGAAGGUCAUGGUGGGUCCAUCAAUGGGAGUCACACUUCAAGCUUGGAAUAUACCAAAGACAUACAUAUUUGUCACGGAAAUAAUGCCAUCGAUUCCAAUGGAAAUGUAUCGUCGUCAACUCGUACAUGGUUGGAUCCAUCUAUACAAUUACAUGUUCCAUUAGUUGAUGUUGAUAAGGUUCGAUGUAUUAUACGGAACAUAGUUAGAGACUGGGCAGCUGAGGGUCAAAAAGAACGUGAUCAAUGCUACACGCCUAUACUUGAAGAACUUGAUUCAUUAUUUGUUAAUCGCUCUAAGGAAAGCCCUCCUGCCUGUUUAGUUCCGGGCGCUGGACUUGGGCGGCUUGCUUUGGAGAUCUCAUCUAGAGGUUUCAUUUGCCAGGGAAAUGAAUUUUCAUACUACAUGAUGAUAUGCUCAAGUUUUAUUCUCAAUGAUUGUCAAACUGCUGGGGAGUGGACAAUAUAUCCGUGGAUCCACAGCAAUUGUAAUUCACUUUCAGAUGAUGACCAACUUCGUCCCAUUCCAAUACCGGAUAUUCAUCCCGCUAGUGCAGGGAUUACUGAAGGCUUUUCUAUGUGUGGGGGGGACUUUGUUGAGGUUUAUAAUGAUCCAAGCCAAGUAGGUGCUUGGGAUGCUGUUGUCACCUGUUUCUUUAUUGAUACGGCGCACAACAUUGUUGAAUACAUUGAAAUCAUAUCAAGAAUCUUGAAAGAAGGAGGCGUUUGGAUAAAUUUGGGUCCCCUAUUGUAUCACUUUGCAGAUGUAUAUGGACAAGGAGAUGAUAUGUCUAUUGAACUGAGUUUGGAGGAUGUUAAGAGGGUGGCUUUGCACUAUGGAUUUCAUAUAGAGAAGGAAACGACCAUUGAGACAACCUACACUACAAAUCCCAAGUCAAUGAUGCAGAACCGAUACUAUGCUGCUUUUUGGACAAUGAGAAAGAAAUCAACGACAAUGGCACACAUCACUCCUUAACUGAUUGGCCUUUUUUUAUCUUUUAUUUUUUUUAUAACAUCAAACAAGUUAAGGUGUUAACUGAUUUUUUUUUUAGACAAUGACCUUUGCGUCUUUGUGCAAAACAAAGAAAUAACGAAAUGAGGAAUGGCCUCGACACUUCGUGAAC